CCGUACUUGAGUACCGUAUUUGAGUCGAGGUCUGAGUUUGUGUACAUUUCGAGUGAACGAGCGCGUGGUUAGGGGCGCUUACCCUUUUACGUCCAUGUCAUCCAACGUCGUCAGCGUCGUCGCGCCCUACGGAACCUCCUCGUCGACAUGCGGGUACUGUUCAACUCCUGGCGAGCGCAGUGCUGCUUCGACCAGCAGACACUCUGCAAGUCUCUCGGCAAUACAGCUGUCCUGUUCAGUGUACCAAGGUAUGAUUGACCGUGGCUGGCGCAGAUCAGGGACGUACUGCUACAAACCGGAUAUGAGGAAUUCGUGCUGUCCUCAGUACCCUAUCAAGCUGGAUGCGCUCGCUUUCAAGCCUUCGAAGAGUCAACGGAAACUUGUCAAUCGAUGGAACCGGUUCAUUGCGCAAGGAAACGAUGAUGACGAGAUGGUUAUAGACGAAUCAAAGAAACCCCGGCCCUCCAAGUCAAAAUCAAAGAAUCCAGAAUUUGUGUGGCCCAACGCAAUACACGCUUCUGAAUCUGGAUGUAUAGAAGCGGCACGCCACAAAUUUGAGGUCAUUCUCGAACCAUCCUCGUAUUCUGAAGAGAAGUUCGCCCUGUAUGAUAGGUACCAGUCUGACAUACACAAUGAUUUCGACAACUCCAGUAUGGGAUUCAAGCGCUUCUUGGUCAACUCACCACUACGGGCAGAACCCAUUCCUUAUACUACCAUGCCCGCUCCAUCUCAUCUUCCGCCCCAGUACGGAUCGUAUCACCAACUGUAUAGACUGGACGGCCAGCUGAUCGCCAUGGCUGUUCUGGACAUUCUUCCACAUUGUGUGUCGAGUGUGUAUUUCAUGUACGACAAGACUUGGGAGAAGUUCUCUUUGGGAAAGGUCAGCACCCUUCGCGAGAUUUCUCUGGCCUGCGAAAUUCACGACGCGGGUGCAUCAUCAAUGUCUUAUCUCUACUUGGGAUACUACAUCCACUCGUGUCAGAAGAUGAGGUACAAGGGGCAAUACUCUCCCUCGUUUCUUGUCGAUCCGGAGACGUAUGAAUGGUAUCCUCUCGAGCAGUGCACUAGUCUCCUUGACGCGAACCGAUAUGCCUGCUUUUCGUGUCCCGAACACUGCACCAAUGAACCUCCGCCUACGAAAGACGAGCUAUCUUUCCCGGAUCCUCCGCAAUUAGGUACAGAGAACCUAGAACGUAUACUUUCAGUUGCUGAUAUACGACACGGCGUGGUGACGGUGACGCCUGUGAACGAAUCAUCCUUUUGGGCUUCUCAGAUGGUUCGGCGACAAGUACUGGGCUGUGUCGAUGGCCUUGGUCUUGAUUUAUCAAGAAAGGUGAUUUUCCACCUCGGGUGAGGUGUGUACACGCGUGUUAUGAGAAACCUAUCCCAGUGAAGUACUGAACAUCCUUCCAUAUACCUACUGGAGCUACUGGGGCCGGCCACAAGCAAGCGCCGCCACUUCUCACGUAGAUUACGAGUUGGAGUUCCUAUAAAUUCAAAAAAAACUAGUUACAACGAACACAUGGCAGCCAGCAUCAGUGAU